AUGCUGGGGCAGCGUCUACCGGGUGCAUCGUACCUUCCCGUCUUGUAUACAUUGACAGCGAGCUGCGCUGUGGUCGUGUUCUUAUGUCUAUCCAUAUUCUCCUCUAUCAAUUCUGAAGCGAUCCGCCUGGAAAACGUGCACGCAGCAAUGAUGUAUCGUCUCUUCUUGCUGUUGAUAUACGCCCUUGCCUCUCAAGGCAAUCUCGUUAUAAGGCCGAUAUACCCGUCACGGUGUCAAGUUGAUCGUGACGACACGACGGUUCGUCCAUCUCCACAGACCCUCUCCCAAGGUCCUCUGACCAGAAUCCAGCCUGGCAGAGAAUUUCAAGAGGCUGAUGCAUUCCACAUCGAUGAAUCCUCAGCUAUACCGCGCAAUAUUUCGGCGCUAAGGUUCUUUCGACCUUUCCAUGCUUCUGAAGGACAGGACGACAAUUCCGACCACGUCGAAAAAGGGUCCAAAAGGCUUGGUUCCAGCUCUAAACAGAAUGACGUUGGGUCGAAGCAAUCGGAACCUGUGCUCUCGCACCCGACAAACAACACUGCGGGCUCCAUACCGGGAGCGAUGUGUGGAUCAGGAAAUUCGUUUGCGCCUUGCGAUGACUGCUGCUCUACGUAUGGUUUCUGUGGACUGGGUCUGUCGUUCUGUGGCUACGGCUGCCAAUCUGGCCGGUGCAUGGAUGAAGAUGACCUUCCAAUCCUUCCAUCGGAACCGCCUCAGACACGCCAAAUUCCUGGUUCCUUCAAGCUCGUCGGCCAAUCAGGAGUUCCAGCAAUGGCUGCUGGUCUGAUGCCAAACGGAAAAGUCGUAUUCAUUGACAAGGUCGAAAACUACACGCAGCUGAUACUGGAAAGUGGGCAGUACGCCUACUCAGCAGAGUACGACCCGUCAACAAAUACACCGAAGGCUCUGUCUUACAAAACAAACGCCUUCUGCACCGGUGGCGCCUUUCUUCCGGAUGGCCGCAUGAUCUCGGUUGGUGGCAACGGCCCAUUACUAGAUAUUGACCCGACUGUCGGUGACGGUUUCCGUGGUAUCCGUUAUUUAGAGCGCCAUUUUGACAGCAAUGAAUCUGAUGGAGCUGAUUGGGACGAGCCUGGUCAUUCGUUGACGACGGCUCGCUGGUAUGCCAGUGUCCAAGUUUUGCCGAAUGGGACACUCUUUGUUGCAUCGGGCAGCCUGAACGGGUUGGACCCUUUGGAUCCCGAAAACAAUAAUCCCACCUAUGAGCUGCUCGACGAGGAUGGUAUGCCUAUGACUUCAAGCAUAGAGCUGCCAAUUCUGGAAAUGAACCAGCCAUACUACAUGUAUCCCUUCAUUCACCUCUUAAGGGAUGGUAACCUCUUCAUCUUCGUUGCACGCUCUGCGGAAAUUUUUGAUGUUUCUAAAGGUACGACUGCUCGGAAGCUGCCCGACUUACCAGGAGACUAUCGGACAUAUCCCAACACUGGGGGGAGUGUUCUCCUUCCCUUAUCAAGCGACAAUGACUGGAAUCCUGACAUCCUUAUUUGCGGCGGGGGUGCAUAUCAAGACUUAGACAGUCCGACAGAUGCAACAUGCGGCCGCAUCCAGCCGUUUUCGUCAGAGCCAAAUUGGGAAUUAGAAAGGAUGCCGGACGGAAGGGGAAUGCUGGAAGGCACGCUUCUUCCCGAUGAUCAGCCUCAAGGAUCUCGAUGGGCCAUCGCUGGCUCGUCGAAAAUCCCUCGCAUGUAUCAUUCAGUCGCUCUUUUACUUCUCGAUGGCACUGUCAUAAUCGCCGGCUCGAACACAGUUGAACAGCCAAUUCUCGAGCCUGAUCCUACUGACCCAGCAAUGGCAUUCGCUACAGAAUUCCGCGUGGAGAUAUACACUCCCCCUUAUCUGACUGGGGAGAAUAUUCACAGGAGACCCGAGAGUGUUUGGCUCUCUCAUAGAUACCUUGCUGCUGACAGUCGCAGAUUCGUGGUGAGUUUUACGGUCCGCGAACAUGCUAAGUCAUUGAAGAUUGCUCUGUACCACGGAGGAUUUAUAACCCACUCGGUCCAUAUGGGACACCGCAUGAUAUAUUUGGACUUUGAGGGCUUCAUUCCGGGUUCAACACAUCAGAUUGUUAUGGUCAAGAUGCCGCCGUCGACCACUAUCGCACCCCCGGGACCAUACGUCAUUUAUGUUGUUGUGGAUGGUAUUCCAAGCGUUGGGCAGUUUGUCAUGGUUGAAUAG